AUGAAUACCUGGCAGAAUCUCUUCCCUGCCUAUCAGCUCGCAUUUGGAGCCCUAUCCCCCAGCGGUAAGCCCAACGAUGAUGCCUUUGAGAUUUCUGUGUCAGAAGAUGAUCUCAGCUGGCAAGGAACUUCAGCGCUUAUUGUAGCAUUAUAUGUGCCCGCAUUCUUCCUGCUCUUGGAGCCUCGGAGAGGUACAGUAACAUUCGGGAUCCUUAGUUCACCUGCGACUACCAUGGCCUUUGUUUCGAAGCUGGGGAUGACUGUGAAUGUGUACGAGACCACUCUCAACAACUCCACCAACGUCUACAUCACCCGCCACGUCCCCAAUCAAACGGGGUUUCCAGCUGCUCCCGGCUUUGCGCAAACAGAGCGGAUAAUACCUGAGAUUAUCAACCCAGGUGCUGAUUCUUCAUUGAUAGCCGGAGUCGACUAG